AGUGUCGCACUGAAAGAUACUUUCACGGCCGUGCCAGUUUUCAGCGAGUCUUUGGUUUGUUCAUCUCGCGCCCUCGCUGAGUUCGCCCGCCCGGUGUGUCAGAAGUGUUUGUGGUGAUGACGCCGCCGUCGAGCUGAUGCAGGAGUUGGUGGCGAAGACGUACACGAUGGCCGGCAUAUUCGCCGUGCUCGUGGCUCUCCUGCCCUGCGUCGCCGCCUUGGACCAAGCAUCAUUUUAUGGGAGCUCCAGCAUCGCGAUACCCCUCCGCGAAGCAAAGAGCGCCACUGAUGUUCAUUUUAGAUUUAGAACAAGGGCUGCCAAUGCUCUUAUUCUGUUGGUGGCUGGACAAACUGACCAUUGCAUAGUGGCACUGGCUGAUGGCAGACUUCGCGUGAAUAUGAAUUUAGGCGCUGGGGAAUCUGAGCUUUUAUCAAAUAGAGAUAGAAGAUUAGAUGAUGCUGAAUGGCAUGAAGUAUUUAUUGUAAGAAAAGAGGGUGAUUUGUCAUUAUUAGUGGACAACAGUCAUCAAAAAAGAACUCAUCUUGCUGGGGAUUUCUUUGAGUUGAACAUCCAUUAUGGUCUUUUCCUUGGCGGCCAAGGAAAUCGCACGGAUUUGUUUUAUGGACACAUGGAGAAUUUUCGGGGAUGUUUAUCAGAGGUUAUGUACAAUGGAAUGUUAGUCCUGGACCAAGCUCGUCGCCGCCAAGCCCAAGCAGUGGUCCACGGCGUGACAUGGAAUUGCGCCACUGAAUUCGACGCCGACGGCGACACACCAAUGAGUUUCAUCGAAGAUGGAGCGUUCAUGACACUGCCUUUCCAAUCAUCAGCUCAGCACUCGCUUCGCCUUCAGCUAGAGUUUCGUACGAUUUUACAACACUCAGUACUUGUAUACAAUAGCGGACCCGUUGCGAAACCAGAUUUAUUCGCGCUCGAGGUCUGGGACGCCAAACCACGUGUCACUUUUCGACAUGGCGAGCACAUCCAUGAAAUCAUCCCUGAAUUAAACGUCGCCAAUGGCGAGUGGCAUCGCGUUUUAGUUAUUUUGACUUCCACUACGUUAGAAUUAACUAUUGAUGACCGUACGCAACAAACUCGAUUGCCACGUGGCGCGUUGAUGGAUUUCACUGAUAUAUUCCACAUUGGUGGUGUGGAAACACCCAGACGGGCGCGGGCAAUGAGUAAAGGUCUACGCACAGCCGAUGCUAGUUUUAAAGGAUGUUUGAGAAAUUUACAGAUCGGGGAAUCUUCAAAAGGUUUAUCUGAUGCUAGAGCCACCGAAGGUUUGUUACCAGGCUGUGUCUGGCGAUACCCUUGCGAUCAAUCUAAAUCACAUUCUUGUUCAACGAACGCCACUAGCGACGCCAGUCGUGUGGUAGCUCACAGCGGACUUGCAACAGAUUUGGAAUUGUUGGCACUUACACCAUUGGAAGCUUUUGAAGGACAAUCUGUAUUAUUAACUCCUGAACAUUUACACGUUGUGUUGGAUUACCCUAAGUUCGGAGUGCGUGAUGCAGGCGUUAAAUUCACAGUGACCGAGGCGCCAUCUCACGGCAGUUUGGCGAUUGAUAUAUGGCCGAAAGAAAGGGAUGUGUUUACGCUUGCGGAUGUCGCUCGCGAUAAAGUGCAUUACGUGCAUGAUGGAUCAGAGACGUUGGAGGAUACUGUUGGUCUACAGGUGGAAUUUACAGCGAGUGAUAUGUAUAUUCUACCGGCAUAUCUGCAAGGAAAGUUUCGCUUCAAGUUGCACGUUUUAAUUGCUCCGGUGAAUGAUCCGCCAGUGUUGAAAAUCAACGCCAAUACUGUGCUGCGAGUACCACAGGGCGCGAAGAAAACAAUCGAGGCUGAUUCACUCACUGCGCAUGAUCCGGACAGCGCAUCAUCACAUCUGGUGUUUAGUAUUCUGGACUCCGGCGCCGGCCAUUUUGAACAUAACCACAAACCUGGAGUUCCGAUAAUAUCUUUCUCACAUACUGAACUUGUACAACGUGAUGUGGCUUAUGUUCAUAAACCAGGCGCUGCCAACGAAUCACACGUUGUCCUGCAAGUUUCUGAUGGUAUCGAAACUAGUUCAGCUAGUCGAAUAAGAGUCUCCGCCUUUCCUCAACAUUGGAGGUUACAAAACAAUACUGGCGUGGUGCUGGUGCAUCUAACCUCAACUCUCAUCACACCUUUUAAUUUAUCAUUUGUUUCGAACGUGGCUAAUUCAACAGAAUCUGCACAAUACGUGAUUGAGCAUGGUCCGCAAUAUGGCGUCGUAGAGGUGGAGAAAGAUGUUGGCUCCUGGGAGAACACGGUGAUUUUUACCAGUGAGGAUCUAAGACAACAUAGAGUCAGGUAUAGGCAUGUGACGUCAAGACCUGACGUGGACGAAUUUCAGUUUAGAACUACGCUGAACAAAACGCAAUUGUUUACAUUCAGAAUGUCAUUUGCACGAUGCAAACUUCUAAAGUUAAGCGAAGAUCGCUUAAAACUAAAUUCCAGUGUAGAAAAUGUAUUAAGUUUAGAUUCGCUGAGGUAUGAAACUGAUCCUGUCAGAUCUCCAUCAGUAGCCAUUUUGUAUACUAUAAAAGUACCGCCAUCUUUCGGUUAUAUUUACGCUGCGGUAUCUAAAUACAGAAUGAGAACUCACGAUACUUUUAGUCAGGAAGACAUUGCAUCUCAUCAUGUGAGAUACCACUUGCAUAGAAAAGGUUAUUCUGUGAUCAAGGAUCAUAUUGAGUUGAUUGUGUCAGCUCCGGGGUGUCGCAACACAACAACAAAUUUAAGUAUUGAGUAUACCCCGGAUGAUGAGAGUAUUCGCUUUAUGCGGAACAAAGUAGUUGUACUUAACCUCCAAGUAGAAGAAGGAGGAAGUACUUCUAUAUUCACAACCCAUCUGGAUAUUAGAGGACAUGUUGAUCUAGUAUUUAACAUAACUUCCAAGCCAAAACAUGGUGUUUUGAGGGUUUCGCCAGGUGGCAGCACCUCUGCGGGUAGUCUUAAUCUCAGAAACAACACUGAUUAUUUUACGCUGCAGGAGCUGGCAGGUGAUAGAGUUGCCUAUCUACACGAUGAUUCUGAAACACGACAUGACAGUUUUACUUUCAUGGCGCUCUCUGCUGAUGACGGAAAAGAUGACUUUGAAUAUGUCGACACUGUUCAUAUUGACAUUUCACUCAAAAACGACAACGCUCCCAAGAGAUUGGUUGAUAAAACGUUUGGUGUUGUAGUAGGUGGCGCUAGACUCUUAACCUCAGCAGACUUGGCUUACACUGAUGCUGAUCUAGACACAAAACCACAGGAUAUUAUCUACACGUUUAAAGAGUUGCCUAAUGGAGAGUUUCAAGACGCAAGAGGCCGAAACAAGAUGGUGGAGUUUACCCAAGCGGAUUUGGAUGCAAAGAGGGUAUUAUUCCAACAUCGGGGACCAGAGUACGGAAAGGUUAAGUUCUGGGUCACAGACGGGCCUUAUUAUGUUAGCGGAGUGUUGGAAGUUCAAGCAUCCGCGCCGUUUGUCCGACCUGUGCUAAGUAAACGUUUAGUGGUGCAACACGGAAAGGUGGCCGUCUUGACAUCGGAAAAUUUGAACUACGCGACGAAUUUGUACGCGAGUGAUGACGACGUUGUGUAUUCUGUUAUUGGUAAACCUAAUUUCGGCCAUGUUGGAUUUGUUACCAAUGAAAAAGUAUUUAAAGAGUUUACGCAGAAAGAAGUGAAAGCAGGUCGGGUAAUGUACAAAAACGACGUGACAUCAUCAUCAGCAGAUGAAAUUAGGUUAAAAGUCAGCUGUCGGGAUGCAACCAGCACUGCUCAAAUUAGUGUGCUGAUGUUACCUGCUAGUUACUGGGAGCCUCUGCAUAUUAAAACCCUUCGACAGUUGUCAGUUGAAGAAUCUACUAGCGCUAUUAUUGGUAGGAAUAUUCUUGAGGUUAUACAACCACAAGUACCACCAAGUGCGAUUACAUAUCACCUCACUGUACAACCAGAAAACGGCUACGUGAGUAUCCUUCCAACAGGCGGGACCGAUGACCACUCGUCCCAUGUGCGCUCCUUUACUCAAGCAUCUCUGAACGACAAUCGCGUCAUCUAUAUCCAAUCAGUAGCGAAUGAAACACGCGAUCGUCUUAUUUUCAAUAUCACCAAUGGAAUGGUAUGGCUACCCAACCUCAUUCUAGACGUGCAGAUUAUACCAGAGAGGUUGUAUCUUGGUAGCAUUGUUUUGAGUGUCUCUGAAGGAGGUGCUGCUGUUAUUACAUCCACACAUCUACACGUGGCAACAGAAUAUUAUCGAUCUCGUGUUACUGAUUACGUUGUUUUGGAAGGACCUUCAUUCGGGUGCGUGCAGAUUCGAAAACGUUGUAGUAAACUUCACGGAUUCUCACAAAAGGAAUUAGCGGCGGGGUUAAUACAAUACGCACACGAUGGUUCAGAGAAUUUAAGAGACGCGCUGGUGCUGAUUGCUGUGGCAGGUGAGAAGAGGAGUAUCCCGGUUGUUUUGGAUGUGCGGGUGUUGCCGAUUAAUGACGAGUCACCGAAAUUGGUGAAUAACACUGGUCUCACCAUGUGGGAAGGAGGCGUUGCGUUGAUUACCCACGAGGCGCUUGCAGCAGCUGAUGCAGAUCAACCUAUGGAGACUUUGAAGUAUCAAGUGAUAUCCAGUCGAUGGGGGAAUGUUUCUUUGCUGAAUGAACCGCAUACUUCGUUGAAAUACUUCACACAGGAGUUGAUUGAUCGGAAAAUGGUUGUGUUUAGGCAUCAAAAUGGUACUGAUGCAAAAUUCACAUUUAAUGUGAGUGACGGUCUACAUUCUACGCAAGAGUACAUCUUUAAUGUGCGCGCGCAACGUGUGGAGUUGCACAUGCGCCAUUUACGCCCGCUGCAUAUAUUCCCUCUGCAGCGUAAGUUUUUAACAGCCGCGCAUGUUUUAACGGAUGUAUCGGAUCCCGAUCGGGAGAUGACAUACGAGGUAACCACAGGACCCUCCUUGGGACGGCUUAUGAUGGAGAGUCCCACCACACCGGGAAUAUUUAAUGUCGUGUCGAGGUUUACUCAGCAUGACCUGAAUAACAGCAGGGUAUAUUAUGAGCAUAUUCAUCCGUUUGCUGGAUUGUACGCCAAUGACAGCUUCGUAUUUGAUGUUAGGGCGUAUCUCGCGGAACCCCUAUUGAACAAACGAAUGAAAAUUGACAUCUCAGUGUCUUCCGGUGGCCUGGACGCGUAUGUCUCCAUACCUAAAAUUCAAGUGGAUGAAGGUGGUGUAACUCAAAUAGUUCUCAACUUUUCGGGAGUGGUAUCUUUUCUGGAACAACACGCUGGAGUUGCCCGGCCUGUGAUUCAUGCAUCAGUGGAACAACCGCAACAUGGUUCGGUUUUCCUGCAACCCAACGAACACAAUCAAACUACUUUCAGCGCGUCACAACUGGAAUCAGGAGCUGUACACUAUCAACAUGACCAUUCGGAUUCUCUGGGUGACAACCUUUAUUUUGCUCUCUACCUGCUACCAGGAUAUAUUACAUUAUGCAACCUCACUGUACCGAUCCGUGUGACGCCUAUUAAUGACCAACCCUUCCGGUUGGUAACACCGGCACCCAACUUAGUAGUUGUCAGAGGUGAGAACCACACCAUUUCAAGAGCUGAACUGUGCACUGAAGAUGCAGAUACCUCACCUGCAGAUCUCUUGUAUGACAUUAUCUCAGGACCUGCUGAGGGUAGAGUUGUAUUACUCCCCGCAGGUGUACCAGUUAAUCACUUUUCACAGUCGGAUGUAGAUGCAGGUAAAUUGGUUUACACCCAUUUGGGAGGUGGGCUUACAGAUGCUUUCCACCUGCGUGUGUGGGAUGGUAAGUUUCGACCGGAGUACACUGUUUUCAGUGUGAGGGCUCUGGAAGUAAAUCUGGAAGUCUCGGGAGGAUUGCCAGUGUAUAUCCAACAAGGUAUGAGUGUGGUGCUGUUGUCACCCAAACAGUUUUCUGUGAAAACCAAUGCGGACCCAGCUAAAGUGAUAUAUUCUGUAACCACACCACCUAGACAUGGAGCUUUGUAUGUAAAAGACACUGCUGCGACUGGUUUUGCGCAGAGUGACCUCGAUGCUGAUAGAGUUAUGUAUAUGCAGCGGGAUAUGACCACUGCAAAUGACAGCAUGACGGUACGCGUCGCCAUUUUGGGCAUGAAUACAUCCAGCAGUAUAGUUUCGGACCAAUCAAAAGUACUUGCACAGUCUGUUCACGUGGAUAUCAGAGUACAACCAUUAAUGCAACUCGGUAACUGUACGGUACUAGCCGGGGAAGUAAACAGGUUGAGUUUGCAUGUGUUGGAUGCCACGCCACUUGCAAAACUAACAGGUGGUAACCCAAGGUACACCAUCAAUCGUCAGCCGCAAUAUGGUGAAGUACGGAAAAUCAUCAGGAGUUCCGGAGAGCGGAGAAAUGUGUUGAAUACACUUGUGACUGGUUUUACACAUGAAGAGGUGCAAAGCGGAUUGAUUUACAUUGCGGUGCGUGAUAUAGAAGUGGGAUGGCGGGGUACACCGGAUCGUUUGGGUUUUGUACUCGCCGCUCCGAUUUUCCAACCAGCGGAAGGAGAGCUUAAACUUUUGGUGCGCUCACCGCUGCAUAACGAUGUGCAUGCUACUCUACCCGGACCUAAUGAUCCGGCUGGACAUGAAGGUGGCCUACAUUUUGCAAGUCCCAAUAUGACACGUGAUUACUUUUUGAUUGUAAGCAUGGUUGCUGGUGUGGUCAUCCUAGGCGUGGCUGUAAUCAUCGUGAUUAAAUGUCGAUCAUUUGAUCCGGAGGAGUUGGCGAAAGAGGCGGCGCUACAACAGCCCCUCCCCUUGCCACGACCACCAGAUCGUUUAAUGUCGGCGUCGCCACCAUUAAAACAUCAGGCGUCACCAACUGCGACUCUUGCUACGCCUCCACACUGUAAAGUGACACCUAUCGACGCCACAACGAGGUACCCUUAUGGUUCGGAUGAACACUCCGCUGAUGAAUGGAGUUCUUGCGAUGCUUCCGACCCAUCGCAUCCUGCGUCUGGUGGAGGCGGGCGGAAUAACAUUAUGCUGCGGCGCAAUCAGUACUGGGUCUAAUUUCGCGCACCAUUCACAUGUUCCAUAACUUCAUAAAGCAAAAAUCGAAAACUCGGACUAUCUAACUUAAGACGUGCAUUUUAUACCGACUUAACAGUAAUUAUUAGGAUAGGGUGGAGAUCUCCGGUUGUGGUGUGUGUUUAGUUGCGCCAUUAUCAUGAAAACUCAUAUUAUACAUAGUAUAUUUUCGGUCAUCCCUAUUACAUCGCAUUAUUACGAUUAUGAUGAUUAUUCGCGUAGAGCAACGAAAUGUUCAAAUGUUCAAGUUUUAAACUCAAUGUGUAGAUGACAAGAUGGCAGCGGGGUCAUGGGUGAAGUCAUGCAAGAAUCGCAACCAUUGCCAAAGUUACUUAACCUCUAAGAGAUGCAUAAACAAAGAAUGUUACUAGUUUUAAGGAAAAGCGUGUUUUUACGAAAUGAACGAAAACCAAUUUGAUGUUAACUGAAAACCAACGUUUACAUAACCUUGUUUGCCAUUAUUAUAUCAUCGAUAAUCGUUACUCUUAAUAUUAUGUAUUUGUAUACAUUUUAUAUUUACUAUUUACGUAUUUUAUAUCUUUAUGCGAGUUAUGUUAUCACGACUUUUUUAUUAUAGUAUCAAAUUAAAGGUUUAUUCGAAACAAA